ACUACGUACAGGCGGUCAACGGGCUGACCGGACAGAACCACACCUCUCCCUCUGUCUACCUCAGCAUGGCUGACCCUGAUGCUCUGGUUGAGCCCGUGGCUCCGGUGAUUGUGAUUGGUCCGAAGAAUAUGUCCGUCGUGGCAGGGAGGGAAGCUACACUUGAGUGUAUUGCUAACGCCAGGCCGGUGGAGAGGCUGGUGUUGUCGUGGAAACGUAAUGGGCGUCGGCUGGCCAGUGGAGUGGGCGUGUUCGGUCGUCGCCUGACCCUCUCUAGCCCCUCCCUGUCGGACGGGGGCGUGUACGUGUGUGAGGCGUCGCUUCUCAACUCCACCACCAGACCCACCGAGGCCCGGGCCCAUCUCACUGUACUGGAGCCUCCGUACUUCACUGCUGAACCCAGACUAAAGAGUGUAGCAACGGUGGACAGGAACGUGGACUUACACUGUCAGGCCAAGGGAGUCCCCCCGGCCCGUAUAGAGUGGUAUAAAGACGCUGUGCCCGUAUCCAAGUUGGCCAACCCUCGCUACAAGGUUACCGCGGCAACGGGUCUGACUGUGCGGAGAGUCCAACCAGGAGAUGCCGGAAUGUUCCAGUGUUUCGCUCGGAACGCAGCCGGAGAGACACAGACACACACACAGCUGGUGGUCACUAGUGUCACCCCCUCCUUCUCCCUCCUCCCCUCUGACCUCACCGUUACCGACGGCAACUCGGCUGUGUUCACCUGCGAGACCACUGGAGCCCCCAAACCUGCUGUCUGUUGGAGGAGAGGUUCCCAGCUCCUGGCCAGUGGGACAGUCCAGAUUCCCAGGUUCACCCUGCUGGAGUCAGGUGGUCUGCUGGUUGAGCCAAUCAGGAUGGAAGAUUCUGGCGACUACACCUGUACAGCCGCUAGCGCAGACGGAUCCAUCAACGCUACGGCCACUCUCACUGUCUGGAUUCGUACAUUCAUCUCCGUCCCGCCGGUGGACCAGAGGGUCAUCAAGGGAACCACGGCAACCCUGGACUGUAACGCUACACACGACCCCAGGAUCAACAUCAGUUUCCAGUGGCAGCGUGGAGCAGUACCCCUCCAGCCCAGCGGGGGCAGAGUGUCUAUAUUGUCUGGUUCUCUGACCAUCAGCCAGACUUGGUCAGGCGACAUAGGAGACUAUACCUGCACUGUGACAUCACAGGCCGGGAACCAAUCACGCUCCGCACGCCUCGAAGUCAUUGAGCUCCCCCACUCCCCCAGGUCUCUGUCUGUGUCUCUGAAUGAUUCAGACAGCCGUUCAGUUCUUCUCUCCUGGGUCAGACCCUUCGAUGGAAACUCUCCUCUUCUACACUACAUACUGGAGCUGUCUGAGAACA